GGGAGAGAAAUAUCACCAUGUAUAUCGCUUAUAUAAUCACAACUGACCAACCAACCGACCAUAUAUAGUUAGAAUAUUAUUUUGAACAAAGUAAGUCAGUCUAAAUCUUAUGCGUUAGCUUUUCGGAUGUCAAGACCGUGAAUAACCCUGGUAUCUCAUCUCAGCUAGAAAAAUGGUAAAAGAAAUGAGCAGGCUCCUGAAAGAAAGCAAAUGUUCGUGUCAUUAACAUAUUGAAACUCAUCUAGUGAAGCACUUUAUUCCAUCUUCAUUCUUCGUAAAUUGAUGGUCAAUUUGAAGCGAAAAAUUCUCAAAGAAUUGAGUUGAAAAACAACCAGUGAAAUAGAUUAAAGCUCGAUAUCCGAACAAGGCUUGCUUAAAGGACCUCUUGUUGGCCAGAUUUAAUUAAUGAACUUGUACUAGCGACAAAAUAUCGUUCAAUUUUUUUGAUCGAAGUCAGGUGGAAUUAUACAAGCCUUGCGGAGAUAAUGGGACGAAACAGCUCGAUUAUGGAAUUCAUCCCAGGGAAAUCUGGACUGGAUUAUUUCACCAUCUCUCAAGUAUUUUUCAUGAUUUUGUUUUUUGUGACAGGAAUCCCUGGAAAUUCAGUAAUCUGCUUUUUGGUUUAUCGAAGUUCUCGCCUUCGAACUGUUACUAUGGUAACGAAUCUGAUCAUCGGGAAUCUUGCAGUGGCAGAUCUUGCCGUUUGCCUUCUAAAAGUCCCUGUUUCUGUAGCGACAAUUGUAGCAGGUUCUUGGGUUCUUGGUGAACUUUUGUGUAACAUUGUAGGGUUUAUAAAUGCUCUUCUGCUCUUCGAAGUCCUCUAUUCCUUGGCGUUGGUCAGUAUAAGUCGCUAUUGCUGUGUAGUGUCACCCUCAAAGUUUUCUUCCUUGUUUACGAAACAACGAACCUUCUUCAUGAUAGGUGGCACUUGGAUUUUGUCUAUUCUCUGCGCGGUACCACCGAUCUUUCAUUGGGGCUCUUAUCAUUAUGAGGAGGGCAAAGCCAUAUGUGUAAUUUCGAUGAAUGAGAGUCUAUCUUAUACCAUAGUAUUAGCUAUGGUACAAUUUAUUAUCCCUUUUCUCUUAAUCACCGUGCCAUAUUGCAAGAUAUUUCGCUUUCUUCAGACACACAACCGAAGACUAAGCGCUAAUAGUAUAACAUCUAGUUUUCGACGUCAAAGUCGAACCUCUCUUUUCCACGAUUUUAAAAUGACUAAACUUUUACUGAUUAUUGUAAUCUUUUUUGUGGCUUGUUGGACACCAUACUCGGUCGUUAAUCUCUUAGCCGGUUUUAAUAUCAUAAACCCUAUUCCUCUUGGCCUGGAUGCAGUGUGCAAUCUCUUGACAUUUCUAUCGAGUUCCUGUAACCCUUACAUUUACGGGUUACUUAAUAACCAAUUUCAGAAAGGAUUUCGGGACGUUUUCUGUGGCCUGUGUCAAAAAUUUACUGAAGAGAAAGUUGGCACAGGUAUCGCUAAACGAUCCACAAUCAGUAAAAGAGGCAAACGUAGGAAACUGAACAGUUUAUCUAUUCGUCAUAAGGCAUCUAUUCGUAAAUGUGACGGAGGAACACAAUAUGAAACAUCACUGUAAAAUUUGUACAGAGUUCUAACUCCGAGUUAUAUCUAUAUGCAUUGCCAU